AAAGUGAUAAGAUUCAUUUUAGUGCCUUAGCGACAUUCUCCAAGAUCACUUCAUUCUCUAACAAAUAGUUCAAGUUUCUCGAAUAAAUUCCAAGAGUGCUGAAAUGUCCAAGAAGCCACCAAUUUCCGUUCACAUCCUGGACACUUCCCGAGGCUGUCCGGCUGCAGAAGUGCCCAUAAUGCUGUACAAGGAGGAAAAUGGAACGUGGAAGACUGUUGGAAGUAGUCAGACAAACUCUGACGGGAGAUGCGAUCAAUUCCUAACCAGAGAAGAAUUUUCUGCCGGAACUUUCAAGAUUCACUACGCAGUUCAUGAGUACUUCAUGAAGAAUUUGGGAUUCUCUUUCUAUCCUUACAUUGAGGUUGUGUUUAAAAUUGAAAAUGCAUCAGAUAAUCAGAACUAUCAUAUUCCUCUCCUUCUCAGUCCUUAUGGAUACUCAACUUACAGAGGAUCAUAAUACAAAUGAAAAAAGAAAUUAAUAAAAUUAAUCAUUAAACAACUCCAAGAGA